UAGACUGUUUUGUUAAAAUUGAAUUUACUAAAGGUGACAUUGAAAGAAACAUAUAUCGUUAUAAAUGAAGAAUGCGCAUGAAUUUAUUUACGAGGAUAAUUUAAUUUAGUUCUAUUGUGAGUUUUAUUCUAAAGAUAAAAACAUGGAAGUACCAGGGAAAUUUGCUGUUUCUUCAGAACAAGAUUCCAACCUUUACUGCCUUCCAUGCAACAGAGAGGGUUUAAAAGAACCAGCUUUUGGUUAUUGCCAGGACUGCGAGGAACAUCUUUGUGAGAGUUGUUAUAAACACCACAGGAAACCAAAACCUACCAUGAACCACGUUCUGCUUGAUAAAGGCAGAAUGCCACAGCAAUCGAAAACCGGGAAUGUAAACAAUGAUCAAAUAACUGAUUUUUGUACAAAACAUAGCGAUAAACCAGUGGAAUUCUAUUGUAACACACAUGAUUCUAAUUUGUGUUACGUUUGUGUGACUCUAGAGCACAAGCACUGCAAAGUAGACUAUAUUCCCGAUGUUUCAGGAAAUGUGUCUGGUGAGCUUGAAAAAUUGAUUGACAGAAUGGAGACACUUAUGCAAAAGUGUAAAUCUAAUAUCAAAAUUGCCGAGACUGCUACAGCAAACAUAGAACAAAUGUACAAGGCCGUUGUUGAAGAUAUACAAGUUUUCAGAAAUGAAAUAAACGAAUGUCUGGAUAAGAUGGAAGCCGAAAUUAUGAGGGACGCUAAAUCUCGCUCACUAACAGCAAAGAGUAAACAAGAAAAUGUUAAAACAGGUAGCUUACAUAUCGCAGAGGAAAUGUCAAGUACAAUGUCAAUGCUCAAGUCUCUGAGCGACGAAAACAAGCGGAAUAAGCUGUUUAUUGAGAUGAAACACGUUGAACCUCAAGUUUCAAGACUAUCAGAUGAAGAGAAACAAUUAGUUGAAGAUAAUAAAACGGAUGGCGAAGUUAAAUUUAUCCGAAACGAAAUGAUGCUUAGUCAGCUGCAAAAUAACAAAUAUAUUGGGACGAUUUCUACAUACCGAAAACCUCGUGCAGAAAGUGCAGUAUGUGUACAAUUUGAAAGAACAAUUCAAGUAAAAGCUCCUCUGAUAGUCAACAAUGCGUAAUCUCUGGAAUGGUAUUGAUUUCCUCAACAAAUAUGAUCGUCGCUGACUGUAACAAUAAGAAAAUUAAAAUGAUUGACAUAGACAAGGAAAAGCUAAUAUCAGAGUUAGUACUGUCAUCUUCACCACAAGAUGUUAUUAAACUUCCGCAAAAUAAAUUUGCUGUUGCAUUACGUGAUGA